GCUGAGGUAUGGGCAGUUUGCACAAGAUUACUUAGAUAACUCUUUCAUGAAUCAGACGAUAACCAGCUGCCAAACGUGAAGUGUUCGUAAUUUAUGCAGAUAUACUGAAAAGUGAAUCCGUGUAAAUGUCGGCGAAUAGAAAUGCAAGUGCAGUGAUUUAAGAAAAAAAUUCAAUUGGAAAAAUUUGUUUACGUGGAAUGCAGCUUUGCUUCUAAAUUUUUACGUGGUACAUUUUUGAAUAAGUUACGCACCAAUUGAUUAAUAAUUAAUAGAUACACGGUCAUGACUUCGAAUAUUUUAUUUUUCUUAAAUUUAUCGGCGUUUUUUGUGACUUUCAUCAAUUGUGUGGUAAUUCACACGAAGCAAGGGUCCUUGAAAGGGUUCAUUUCCCAAAGCAGAAAUGGCCGACCUUUUUAUUCGUUUCAAAGUAUUCCUUACGCUGAACCUCCUGUAGGAGAGUUACGAUUUCAGGAUCCAGUUCCGGCGAAAUCGUGGCAAGGUGUAAAAGAUGCUACAGUCGAAUCGCCCAUUUGUAUCAAUCAACUGUUUGGUCACGUAUCUGGCCACGAAGAUUGUCUCUAUUUAAAUGUGUACACGCCAAAAAUAACAAAUGAUACAUUAUUGCCUGUUAUGGUUUACAUUUAUGGUGGACAUUUUACCUGCUGCAAUGCUCAAUCAGAUCGAUAUGGAGCUCAUUAUUUCAUGGACAGAGACGUCAUAAUAAUAACUUAUCAUUACAGAUUAGGAAUGUUCGGUUUUUUGAGCACCGAAGAUGAAAUAAUACCGGGAAACUAUGGCUUGAAAGAUGGAAUAGCGGUUCUUCAAUGGGUUCAAAAAUAUAUCGAUGAUUUCGGCGGCGAUAGAAAUAGAGUAACUUUAUUUGGAGGCAGUUCAGGGGCAAUUAGCGCAUCAUUAACGCUGAUAUCACCUCUGGCCAACGGUUACGAUUAUAGUCUGUUUCAUGGCAUCAUAACUCAAAGCGGACACCCUUUCGAUAUGGAGAAACCUGGUGUACCUAGAUUAAAUGCGUGGAGACUUGCAUCAUCGGUUGGUUGCGAUGGAGACGACAUAAAGGCUACAGGAAAACUUUUAAGCUGCUUGAGGAAUAUUCCAGCUGAAGAGUUGGCAAAGUAUAUUGAAACUUACAGCAUUGGAGUAAUAAUGCCUGCUUUUCCUUGGGGCCCGGUUAUUGAAACUGAAAAAGCUCCUGGAGCAUUCCUUGUCGACGACCCAAGAAAAUUACUGGAACGAAAAUCAGAUAUUCCUUGGAUAAUGGGCAUGAAUACCGAUGACGGUGGCAUGUUGGCGUCGUUUGUUUACUACGAUCCAUCUUGGAAAGAAUCAUUAUCUCAUGAUUUCGAUACCAACUACAGAAAACAUUUUCCGGAACUUUUUCGAUACAUACACCACGUCAGUGCUGAACAACUCGAUAACGUAACGGAAAUGUAUAAAACGCAUUAUUUCGGUGACAAAAAAAUCAGCGAGAAUAUUCACGGAUUCUCAAAGAUGUUUACCACGUUGAUUUACGCAACCGGGAUCAGAGAAAGUGUGAAAUUAUACAAAGGUCCGAAAUACGUUUACUAUUACGAUCAUAGAAAUAAAGAAUCAUUCGCAAAUAUGUACGCAAAUACUAAACUCGACAUAGACCUUGGUAUUGUUCACGGAGAUGAACUUAUAAGUUUUUAUAACUGGUCUUCUGAGAUAACCCCAGUCACCGAAGGAGUUGACUUGACAGUUUCCGAACAAAUGCUGGAUUUAUGGACGAAUUUCGCCGCAACAGGGGAUCCGAAUUAUCAAGACAGAACAGUUUGGAAUCCGGUAGAAGAAUCGUCCACGAUGAAUUACUUGCAUAUAAGAAAUGGUGAACUGAAAAUGAAGCAGGAAUUCCUGAAAUCCGAAUUUGAUUUCUUAGACAGUGUUCCAGUAGAUGGAUAUUUUUAGACUCUCCGAUGUGUGCCAUUGUUACCUACAUACCAUAUUGUUGUUAUUUAUUUGCAUAAUGAUACGAGAAAAAAAAGAAAUCACUGUUCCUCGUAA